AGCCUUUGUUAUAAAAAUAAAGGCAAUUUUAUCAGAGAUGAGAAUGUAUUCUAAAAGGAAACUAUUAAGACUGCUCUAAGCAUGAUAUGGAAAUACUUCACUUUUUGCAGCAGCAUGUUGGUUUAAAUGAAAAUCUUGCCUUCUUUUUUUUGCUUUAGUUUAUAUAAAUAUUAAUUCUAGCAAAACAAAUCACACUUGAUAGGAGUAAGUUGGGUGGGAUAAUUGAACGGCUCUGAUUAAAAUGACUGUAAGUAUUGAAAGCGAGUCGCUAGAAAACCUGUGCCUCCUUUCCUCCCGGGGCAAAGCAGUACAUGGCACAGGGAACUUACAUACAUGGGGGGGCUGCAACAGCGUUCUGACUGGCAGAGUAAAACGUGUCUACAGGAAACAGAUGCAUGAAUAAUGGAUUUUAUUUUAAUUGGAAAUGUUAAAGUGUUUGACGGGACGGUAACCUGAGUUUGUUUUGUCUUUGUGCUCAUCUUGAAAAUGCUCUCUUAGGGGCGUGCUUUUCCCUAUGCGAAGUGGCAGGUCUUAUAUUUAUUUGUAGAGGAGAGUGUUUAUGUAAGGAAGCGUGCUCUUGGAUUUAAGCUUUAUUAACUUAACAACAAAAACACCUGAGAGCAGAGGGUGCACCUCCUCAAUCUGCUCCCCAUCAGCCUUUGGAAGCUGCUUUGAAAUAAGCGUAUAGAAUAGGAAUGUGAAUUGUUGUGUGUAAUGUCAGCAGAGAGGUGCUGUGCUGGGGACAGGAGCUCCUUGCCGGGGCUCUGUGGUGGAGGAGGUAGGUGUUAGCUGUGCUCUGUGGGUGUCUGCUGUCUCCGGAUGAAAACCUGUGGUUAAUUCCUAAGUCUGGCAGAAUUCACAAGGAAAAUGUCUUUGAAAUAGCGGGCAGUUUACUAACUUAUUUUUGAGUACGUUUAUCAAAAUAAAUGUUGCAUUUAUUCCUUUUAGACAAAUGGGCAUUUUCUAUUAAAGCCAGCAGCUGGAUAUUUUUCUGUUGCAGUUUCAUGUCUAGUCGUGAGAGCCUCAGAUGCUCUCGGAGCCUGAGCUAAAUCCUUCCCAUGCUUCAGGUUUUACCAUCUGAAACUCACUAUUUAUCUUGAGGCCGCCUUAAUUAAAAUAUGAUGCACCCGAGGGCAUAUUAAAUGUGGCAAUUUAUUGUACUUCUUAUUAAUGGAGUGUAUUUAAUGAGUUUUCAGAACCAAGUCCAUCGCCUGUGCCGCUCAGAGUUGGUUCCUGUGAGUGUGGCAGGGAAAGGCACACAGCCCCGCGGGCAGCAGCUCUGCAGCCCGGCCUGUAGCAGGUCCUCCUGCCACCCCUCUGCACUCCCAGCUCAGUAAAUGAACGCUGCAUUUGGGCACAGAAUAAUGCACAGCUCUGCCCAUCUGUUCAGCCCGUUGUGCUAUUGAUGCUCAGUGAUGGGUGCGUGCUGCAAGGCGAUGCAUCCAAAGCACGGCUCUUGUUGGUGCUUGUGUGCUAUGGAAUGAGCAUCUCCUGCAAGAAUUGGUUACUGUUUUGUUUUCCUGCUUGCGCUUAAUUCAGUAUUACAUCUUUGCUGUUUACUUAAGACUGCACUGAGCUUCUUGUAGGAAAGCUGUGUGCUGAUAGCCCAGCUGGAAAAAGAAACCUAUGAGGUCCAGUUUUAGAUGAGUGUUCUCAUGACCGGGACCGAGGAACCGCACUGCUGAGAGGAAUUCCACUGUUAUUGUUCUGCUCUUAAUGUGGGGUGGCAGAGCCUUUAAAUAUUUCUGGUAGAGUAGUUAAUACGGCAUGGAAGUUUGAUAUUUGUACAGUUUGUAAAGGAAUUUGAGGUGUUACUCUAUUUUGACUUCAGUUUUCAAGUAUGCACCGGUGCAUCAUUAAUCAUAGGAAAUGCAAAAAUAAAUAAUAUAGUCCCUUUGGAUUUUUCAUGUGAAUACUUACCUUUUCCUUUUUUUGUAUAUACAGUUGAGGUAUUUAGGUAACCCCUAACCUUUUGCUUCAACAAGGAGGUACAGUAUAAAAAUAUUACCACAGUCUUCAUAUGAGCAGUUCUCUCUAAGAAAACCUCUAGAUGAAUAUUUAUUGAAAAAAAGCAAAGUUGCAAUACAGAAUGACUUAGCUUGGCCUGAAUAUUAUAUUUUAGACCACCAGUGAAUAAAAUUAAAAGCACAUGGAUUUUGAAUAACUAGAAAAGGUUGUAAUUGAUUAGCACUGCAUGAAAGUAUUGAAGGAGAGUGAGUUUUGAUUUGUGAAUGCUUCUAUUCAAUAGAGAUUAAUCGUGAGCGUUUGAUAAAAUCUUAGUGCCCCUAAUGAGUUGGGGUUUUGUUUUUCUCUCCUUGGUUUAUUUAACCAUCAGAUAUUUCAGUGUUCUUCUAAGAAACUGGGAGCAUUUCAGUGCUUUUAGCAUCAGCACGCCGGAUUUAAACAGUAUUAAGGGUUCAUUUGAGACAGAUAAUUAAAUCAGUGCCUGAGAUGCUGCGUAGUUCUGCAUGUUUCAGGGGUUUACUCUCCCAAAGCUGAGUGAGAACCUUGCAGCUUUCUGAAUGCAGAAGAGAAUAGUGAUUCCUGCAUUCCCUCCAUGCAUUUGUUGAAGUGCUGUUAUUUUGCAUUGCAUCUCUACACACUCGUGCUUACCGAGGUUGCGCUUAGCAUCCACAGUCACAUGUCUGUGUCAAACAGAAUGGGAGCAUCCAGAAAGCUCUACGUAUGGCCCAUGUCUCCUAUCAGUGUCUUAGUGAAAGGAAAGAUAAGGUCCCUUCCCAAUGCUAAAAUUGUUAAAACAGAAAUCUAUACAUCAUCUCUAUUACUAUUAUUAUUAUUGCUUUUUAAGGAUAAAUGAGAAUAAUCUGGCCUAUAUUUUAAUAUAAGUAGAGGACACUUUUUGUUGUUAACUUGAAGUCUUUCCUUUAGAUUUAUCGUGUCACCCUAUUGGGAUCUGUCACCAGGAGUUACAUCUGAAAUAAUUGAUUAAAUUAUCAGCCAAACCUUGAUCAAAUUUUACAUUCCUCAGUGAAAUUCUUGUAUGCACAGAGCUCGAUUGGAACUGCCUUUUCAUCACGUGUAGCUUUUAUCGGAGGCCUUUCCAAAAUACUGUAUGUUCUAAAGGAUCUCAUACACAAUGUUUACUGGAUUUUGUAAUGUUCUGUUGGUAUUUUACACAGUGUGUACUCUGAGACUUUUUUUUUUCUUAAGAUGAUAAGGACACAAAUAGAAUGCUUUGGUUGAAAUGAUGCACCCAGAUUCAAAAUGUCAAGAGUUCAUUCUCACCUAUGGGCAUAACGCGCACCGAAUCUGUGCAGAACUGCUUUAACACAGAGCUGCUCUGGAUCUGAAACAGUGCCUGCUUAGCUGAGGUGCACCGAGAUGUGGACGGAUCUGUGUCCCUGUUCAGCAGGAAGGGCUCCUUCCUCUUCCCUACUGUUGUGUCUGCCUUUCUAAAAGCACGCAGCAACGUGAAGCACAGUAAGCAAAAUGCAGACAUAGCUUAGCGCCUGUGUGAGCUAAUCAUCACAACGCUGCCUUCAUUCCCUCUUAUUUCUCAUCACUGCGCUUCUUCAUCACUCUUUCUUGAAGAGAAGCAUAAUCAAUUUCAGCAGUCCCAAACAGGCUGAAGUCAGUGAUGGGAAUAGAUGGAGAAGCUGAGAGAUAGAAAAGAAUAACAGCAUGCUGCACCAGACUGGGAAGCGGGGACUGAUCAGUAACUUUGGGCUUUUGGUCUCAUUUUUUAAUGUUCUCCGUCUCACUUCCAUCAGCUUUUUGUUUCUUUUGUUUGAAGCAUAAGAGCCAUCGAUUACGCAUUACAGAACUGAUGGCAUUUGCUGUUCUGUGCAUUUGGGUACAGAUGCUGUAGGUUUUUGUACCCAACCCGAUGUAGUGAGGUUUAGGGAUAAGAGUGAUUCUUCAUGCUACAAUCCCUUUCACUUGCUUGAGGAACGAUCAGAAGCAGAUGAAUUAAGCAGUCAGCACUCCGUGUUUUGAUAAUUUUAGCCAACUAAAUUUCUUCUAAUCUCUUUUGGAAGUAAAAGCAAAAGAAAGUCCCUAUACAUGUAAACUGUAUUUCCUGUUGUAAACACUGGGAUAAUGUGGUCUGGCUACACUUCUGCUCUGCUUCAUUAAGACAGCAGUUUUAGCAGGAAAGCUGCUUACCAUUUCUGUGUGAGCAUUUCAGCCCUACGUUCUGUGCAUCGAGCUGCUGCAAGUUCUGUUAUUGCCUCUGCUAUCUAUGGGCAGACAUAGACUGUCCUCUCUGCUGUACGGAGCUGCUCAGCAUGCAGCCGUAGAGCUCCGUGUGCCUUACUGGGAACCAGUCAAAGUGGGGGAGGUAGGAGGGGUAAGAGGAACUUCGCUCACCGCUUCGUUACAAUACGAGCCUCGCUGGGAUGCAGUCACUGCCAGUGGUCCUAGCAUUGUUUUCCUUACAAGGGGGGCAGGGGAGGAAAACCAAUAGGUUUAACUGCAGCCCCAACCUAGUUUCAACAUGAUGGACACCAUUAAGAAAAUCUUGUUUUCCUUGGGAGAUGCUCGCAGGCCGCUCCAUGAGUCUGCCAUCUUGGUGGAAGACAUCGUCCACACUCAGCUGAUAAACCUGUUGCAGCAAGCGGCUGAAGUUUCUCAGCUGAGAGGAGCUCGAGUCAUCUCUGCUGAAGACCUCCUGUUCCUUAUGCGCAAAGACAAGAAGAAGCUUAGAAGGCUGCUUAAGUACAUGUUUUUUCGUGACUACAAAUCUAAGAUUGUGAAAGGCAUAGAAGAAGAUGACCUCAUUGAAGACAAGUUCAGCAGCAACAACACCAACAAACGGCAGAAGCUUGCUCAGGAUUUUCUCAACUCCAUUGACCAGACAGGAGAGCUCCUGGCCAUGUUUGAAGAUGAUGAGAUUGAUGAUGUCAAGCAAGAACGGAUGGAGAGAGCAGAGAGACAAACACGAAUGAUGGACUCAGUGCAGUACGCAGAGUUUUGUGAAAGUCGGCAGUUGAGUUUUUCAAAGAAAGCAUCCAAGUUUCGUGACUGGCUGGAUUGUAGCAACAUGGAGAUAAAGCCAAAUGCAGUUGCAAUGGAGAUUUUGGCAUAUUUAGCAUAUGAGACUGUGGCACAGUUGGUGGACUUGGCCCUUUUGGUUAAACAAGACAUGACUCCUAAGGCCGGCGACCCAUUCAGUCAUGCCAUAUCUGCCACUUUCAUACAGUAUCACAACUCUACUGAGCCACAUCUCUUAGGGCAGGCUGCAGGUGUGAAGACUGGCCUUGAGUCUCCUGACAACACACCACCCCCUACGCCCACCCCACCAGCACCUGCAGGGCAGCAGCAUCUUGGGAAAACACCAUCGGGAGCUCUGGGGAAUGGAGGGAUUGGGCAGGACUCUUCCAAAUCCAAACAGAGGAAAAGAAAAAAGAGCGCUGCAGCCUGUGGUAUGGAGGCUCAAAGCGAUGCCAUCCAGCCCAGCCACAUCAGAGAGGCCAUUCGGCGCUACGGCCACAAGAUUGGCCCCCUAUCCCCAUUCACAAGUGCCUACCGCAGAAAUGGGAUGACUUUUCUCGCCUGCUGAUAUGGAUGUGGCUGCAGCAACAGAAAAGACACUGUUAUAUUAAGGUGAUUUUCUCUUCCCCUCCACGGAAGGAACAAAAAAACACAAGCUCCAAUGUCUCCGCGUGGCAGUGAGUGGGCCGGUUUGUUGUGACUAUCUGCUGGCUGACUCCGUCUCUUUUUCCAGCCCCCUCAAUCGUUAUUCUUGUUUACUAGCUGGAACAUUUAGCUAAUUAAUGGCAGGAUGUUUGGGAUAGCGUGUAGGUGGAUAAGAAUGCAGAUCGCACCAGUUUGAUGUUUGCUGCUGUCAGCCCCUUUGUAAAACGCCAUGUCAUCUUUACUCAGUUGUUUGGAAGUCUCUGUGUUUUGGUAGCAGUGUUGUUUUGGGAGGCAGGACGAGGCAGAAAGAGGCCAAAGAUAUUCUGAGUUUUCCAUGAUUUUUACAAAAAGACAAAAACCUGCACUGCUUUCUACUGCAUUUCCUCCAGUCAUUCAUUCCAGUGCAGUGCAGGAAGGGGCUUUUAGAUAAGAGCAACAGCAGAGAAGAGCUCAGGCAACCUACACUGCAUCAAAAGUUUGUCACAGACCCAGCAGCAAAGCAGCCAGCCCUGAAUUCCCAGUGCUGCCAUCUCUCCCUGCUGCACUCCCAUAGGGGCCCAACCCACCAGGGAAAGGCUCUGCAGCCAUUUGGCACAAAUCUGCCCCACUCCCUCAGCGUUUCCCAAAGCAUCCAAACAGCCAUGGCCACCUCAGUGCUUCUGGAUGCAGACUAUGUGCAGCGUGCUGCCCGAGGAGAUGUUUUCCCCAUCACCGACAAAGGCAGUGUUGCUGUUGGAUUUGGUCGAAGAAGAAAGACGCCCUUCAUUGCCUUUCUGCAUUUCAGCUCACUUUGUUUGUUUUCAGAUUUACUUUUUAAAUCUCAGUCCCUCACUCUACAAUUCUUCCCGUCCCCCUCUCCUCCAGCCCCGGCUGUCCUCACCGACGGAUUCAUUUCUUCACAUCAAAUCUGUACAAAUAUAGAGCUAACCACAAGGAGCUGAACCAGAGAGAAGGGCUUAUGGCUCAGCCCAUCCCUGGGAUCUGCUGCCUGUGUCCCUGGGGCAGCCCAGGGGUCUGCGUCAGCCGCCCAGAGCGCAGGCUUCAAAUCUGACUUAAACCUCAAAUUAAGACGGAGCACUCAAGGGAUCAAGGGGAGAUCAGCAAAAUAUUACUUUUAUAUAGUGCAGCCGUCCUCCUCCUUUGUGCUGACUAUGUGAGGUCUUAACUUUUACUCCCACCGCAUGGUAUUGUGGUCAUUUGUAAGUGGUUUUCUUGCCCGGCUUUCCUGGACCUGCUUGCGAAAGCUUUAGAAGUAUCUGUAUUUUAAACAAACAGAAAAAUGCCUCUUCUCUUUGCAACCGAAAUGCUGCCAGUGUGAACUUUGUACGUCAAAUAUUACUGCUGUUCAUCAAUUGCUUUUUUUUCCUUGUACCUGCUUACCCUUCUGUAUUCUGGAAUUAAUCUGUGUGCAAAGGAGUACAAGCAUACACCACCGGGUAUUAAACAGAGGGGGGAAGCUUUCUGAUGUUCCAUCUGUGCUUGUUGAAAUAUAUGAUUAAACUUUUCUUUUUAUCAUCA